AAGAUGACGAGUUACAAGCAAUCCUAGGGCCUUCCUUAAUUGCAGUCCUUGGAUGUCUGAUUUCCACUGAAAUGGCUUCUCAAACUGUCACGACUGCCGCUAUCCUCCUCGUCAACCUCCUCUUCUUCACUAUGGUGAGCUCGACUCAUGUUCCCUGCCUGCCGCUGCCUCCAAAGACACCCAAACACCCAUCACCACCAUCCCUGGCUGCUGCCGCUUGCCCGAAGGACACCCUCAAGCUUGGGGUGUGCGCCAACUUGCUGAACGACUUGUUGUACCUUGUUGUGGGGACCCCACCAAAGACUCCUUGCUGCAGUCUCAUCGAAGGGCUCGCAGACCUCGAGGCUGUGGUCUGCCUCUGCACUGCCAUCAAUGCCAACAUCUUGGGGAUCAACCUUAACGUUCCCAUUUCUCUGAGCUUGCUCCUGAACUACUGUGGGAAGGGUGUCCCAAAAGGCUUCCCAUGUGCUUAGAGCACAUUGUUCUCGCUCCCGCCACUUUUGGUUUUCCUUCUUCUCUUCAGUUGUGUCUGGUCAUCGUUUCGUUCAUUCUCGUCCAUCUUGAUUGGAAUAAGAUUAUCACCUUCUUUAGCAGCUGGGUGAUUCGUUGAUCGAAAUGGAAUAUGAUUUCAUCCAUCAAUACAACCUCAAUAAAGAUACAUUGUUGCUCGUGUUA